AUGGAAGCUCUACUUGCAAAUGCAGUGACGCUACGCUCGUUCUUACAAAGUGCAGCUGAGGAUCUCAAGGUUAAUGGAGACGUCACUCUUGCACAAAACCUCUUGCGUGUGACAAACCAAGACAUCGCGUUUGCUUUGGACCAUACAUUUCUCAUUCAUGCAGUUCCAGCCAAAGAAAAAUCAUUUCCUCGAUCUCCAUGGAAUUGUAAAAGAUGUUUAUCACAUACCGAGUUGAUCCAUCAUGUCAUUGAACGGCUUCUAGUACGCAAACGAUCAAUGAAUUGGGAAGAUGCAAAUAUUUUGACAUUUGGGUAUCGAGAAGUGACACCGGAUGCUGCAGGGCAUCAAGUGAUGCAGUCAAAUGGAAUCAUGUGCUAUUAUCCGAAUACACUGGUGGCUGCGUUGAAAAAGCCGCUUUGGGAGUUUCUGCAUGAGAUAAUUGGAGACGAUCUCAUGAUGCACCUGCUCCUCAAUUACACCAUUUUUGUACAAUUGAAGGAAGCUUCGGACUCGUACAUGCAGGUUGCUGGAAAAAGUCUGCGUCAACAAACACGUCAUGCUCCGGAUUCUGCUGUUGGCAACGCUAACCGAGAAGUGUCGAUUAACCGUGUAAUGUAUGCACGUUUCUUCCGAAAGGAUCGCGUGUUUACGACCUCGCAUAUUUUGGUCAAGGCAUCCAAGAAUGGUGAUCCGAUCAGUCGAACUGAAGCUUCUCGAGUACUUCGAUCGAUUUUUGCCGAUGCUGCAGGGCAAAAACGAUUACCGAAGCGGUUGAUUAAUUUGAUUCCAACAAUACAAGCUAUGGUAUCGCGAUUCAAAGCUUGUCGGAUUGAAGAGCUCGCGACGAAGCUGAUACCACUGAAUCGUAAAUUCCGCAAGUUUAUGGCGGAUAACCCAAGCAUCAAAUGUAAAGUUGCUGACAGGACUACUGAAGCAUCAGCAUCUUCGCAACCCAUCCUUUUGCCAAUCGUACGCAAAGUGCUAGAUGAUGGCUACUUGAGCCAGAGUGAAGUUGUGGCACCCAGUUCCGACCGCAAACGAAAACGAAGAGAAGAAGCGAUUGAAAUGCUGUCACAUGCUUCAGCCAGUUUACCGAAAUGGGAAAAAGGUGAAUUCCCGCGCACUGAAAAGAAGCAGAAAAGCACAGAUGCCAACAAUGGAAGCGAGUACGAUGCUCACGAGCCCACAGAUGUGACAGAGUUGCAACAACACAGGGAUGAUAUUCUGCAAUUGCUGGCAUUUUUGACGCCUAAACGGAAGAUAUAUCAGCUAGUCCGCAAGUUCGUUGCUCGAGUUGUACCGAAAGAAGUGUGGGGCAGCAGCGACACAAAAAAGAACUGGAAGUGUGUGAAGAUGAUGCUACGCAAACUCAUUUUUUCUCGGAAGUUCGAUAUCUUCUCGCUAAAGAAGUGUGCGAGUGAGUUUCAGGUGAUCGAGGUGGAAUGGAUGAAAGCGAAAAAUACUGCAACGUUCUGCCCACCAAACGAACGUGUCAAGCGUCAGAAGCUCUUCGAGGACUUGCUAUGGUGGGUGAUGUCAUUGCUGGUCUUUCCAUUAUUGCGGAACUUGUUUUAUAUUACAGAAGCCGAAGGAAUGGCAAACGAGAUAGUGUACUACCAGCGCCCGGUCUGGAAUGUGAUCAGCACGCUUGCUCUCGAGGACUUGGAACGGAAAAUUCUGCAACCUUUGGAUAAUCAAAUUACAUCAAGCAACCACGAACAACGCCUGCUAGCAACGUCUCGACUAAGGUUGUUACCAAAAGCUACUGGAGUUCGGCUACUGAUGAAUCUGUCCACGGCCGUGGAUCGAACCAAGGUCUCAGUGAACAGAUCCAUGGAAUCUGUUCAUCGAGUACUAACGUUCGAGAUGGAGCGACAACCAAAGCGGCUUCUUGGAGCAUCAGUUCGAAGUAUCGACGAGAUCUACAAACGUCUUAAGCCUCUAUUUCGUCGGAUUUCCUCCUGUCCUCGUUGUACAGAGCGACAGCGUGCUUCUGGAAGAGAUGAUCCAAUGGCUUACUGCGUGACUGUAGAUGUUGAGCGCUGCUUCGAUUCCAUUCGACCGCGGAAGCUUUACCAAAUUCUCAAGAAAGCAAUGAAAGAAGAUGAGUACCUUAUUCGCAAGCAUUGGGUUGGUCAUCAAGUCGCCCCGAUCUCAUCGUCUACCGAUGGUGGUACAUUACUCCCACAGUCUUCGUUUUUCUUCAAGCUGGAGCGUCCAGCAUAUCCGUCUGGCGAAUUUCUUGGUUUUGACGAGCUUGCAGCGCAGUCUUUGAAGAAGAACUCGAUGUAUGUCGAUGGGGUUCUUUAUGACUACCUCACAAAAACAAAAGCUCUUCGAUUAUUGAAAGAACAUUUGUCGGCAAAUACCAUCGAGAUUGACGGCCACGACUACGUUCAGCAAUGUGGUAUCCCGCAAGGUUCUGUGCUUUCCACGACAUUGUGUAACAUGUAUUAUGCUCAUUUUGAGCGGCGGGUACUUCGCAAGCAUUUGCCGGAAAUAUGCGAUCCAGCCAUUGUGCCUGUGUCGUGCUGUCAACACGAAGAUCUGUUUCGCUACACUGAUGAUUUCAUGUACAUUACAACAGACGUGAAGAGGGCACGGAGGUUUUUUGAGGUGAUGCACGCAGGCAAUAAAGAAUAUGGAUGUUUUGUAAAUCUGUCCAAGAGUCAAGCAAAUUUUGAGAUGGAUACAGGAAUAGACCAGCCUAUGGAGUCUGCAAUGUCUCGUAACAUAUCGUGGUGUGGCAUGCUGAUAGAUCCCAGCAACCUUCAGAUCUACGUAAACUACGAAAAAUUGAGCAGCUUAUUGCUUCACGGCUCGAUUCCAUUCAACGAGACAAAAGCAGCACGGAGUUUCUUCGUCAACAAAGUGGUAUCGCCAAUUCGUCAGCGAUGGCAUGCGCUGUACUUUGAUCCCGAGUUGCUUUCAGAAGACACAAUCCACGUCAAUCUGUUCCAAAUGCUGGUCGUGGCAGCACAUCGAUUUAUAGUCCUCGUCGAGAUGUUACCGUUCGUAAACCGUGACAUGCAUUUUUUUCACGAAUGCAUCCAUCAAAUUCUUCAGAAAAUGGUCAAGGGUAUACGCCGCAGCCUGGAGCUCGACUUAGCUGGAUUCAACUCGCAAAAAACUUCCAGUUCUUACUCAGCUCAGAAGUGCCACGUCUGGGCAAUAGGUCUCCAUGUAUUUCAGCUCACCAUCCAUGCCAAACUGAAUCAAAUCGAUGCAAAGCAGCACCAAUUCCCGGGCGCAGAUUGGCAGCAACUGCUGGACGCCGUACGAUCUGAGCAGAUGGAAUUCAAGCAGCGAGUGAAGAAGAACCAGGGUACAUCUUACGACUUCAACUGGCUAUUGCAUGAUUAUCGCAAUGCGUCCGUGCUGAAGCAGUUCUUGCAACUUGGAGCGGACAGCCUGUGA